CAAGAUUCCGUUCAGACCAGAAUAGUCGUUCCAGAGCUGAACCCGUUCACCUCCUCUGCACGGGCUGCUGAACUUGGGACUGUUCUGCUGAAAUAGCUAUUGUUUAAUCUCUCUUUUACCAUGGCAACAUCUGUGAAGCUCAAUACCGGGGCAGAUAUGCCCAUCGUUGGACUGGGCACAUGGAAGUCUCCUCCAGGUAAAGUGGCUGAAGCUGUGAAAGCAGCCAUCGCCGCCGGGUACAGACACAUCGAUGCCGCCUCAGUGUACAACAAUGAAACGGAAGUCGGAGAGGGAAUUCAGGCCAUGAUAAAAGAUGGUGUGGUUAAAAGAGAAGAACUGUUCGUGGUCAGCAAGCUCUGGUGCACCUUUCACGAGAAGGCCUUAGUGAAAGGAGCCUGUCAGAAGACUUUAAGUGACCUGAAGCUGGACUACCUGGAUCUUUACCUGGUUCACUGGCCAAUGGGCUUUAAGUCUGGGCCAGAUCAGUUUCCAUUAGACAGUGAAGGGCUAACCAUUGCUGAUGACACCAGUUUCUUGGACACCUGGGAGGCCAUGGAGGAGUUAGUGGAUGCUGGGUUGGUUAAGGCCAUUGGCAUCUCCAACUUUAAUCGAGACCAAAUCGAAGCCAUCCUGAACAAACCAGGACUCAAGUACAAGCCUGCCAACAAUCAGAUCGAGUGCCAUCCCUAUCUGACUCAGGAGAAGCUGAUUAGCUAUUGUCAGUCCAAAGGCAUUGCAGUUACUGCAUACAGUCCUCUGGGUUCUCCAGACAGACCUUGGGCGAAACCUGAAGAUCCCUCACUGCUUGAUGACCCAAACAUCAAGGCCAUUGCAGAGAAGCACAAAAAGACUACCGCCCAGGUUCUCAUUCACUUCCACAUUCAGAGGAAUGUGAUCGUCAUCCCCAAGUCCAUCACACCUCAGCGUAUUCAAGAGAACUUUCAAGUCUUUGAUUUUGAACUGAGUGAGGAGGACAUGAAGACCAUUUUGGGCUUCAACAAGAACUUCAGGGCUUGUCCAAUGCAAUGGGGUGUGAAGCACAAGGACUACCCAUUUAACACCGAGUAUUAAAAGAAGACAUCUUGAAACAUGCAGUUUAAGGAAAACAAGUUCCUUGUUCCCAAGAUUGUUUUUGCCAUUGAUUAAUGUGAAAAUGCACUUAAAUUUGCAUUAAAAAUCCUAAGGUUACUGAGAAACUCCGUUACAGUGCUACUGUGAAAUGUCACAUUUGCACAAUUGGCCAGAUAACAUGAAAAAGUGUUGGUCCUGAGAUUAUAUAUUUUUAAUAUUUGAAUUAAUACACACUCCUUAUUUUCAUAAUAUGAUAACAAAAGCACUUACAGCUCUUGUUUACUGCAUUGAUGUUUGAAAAUCCAAAUAAAGUUCUGCAUCAAACAGC